AUGAAGCACCUCUCCUGCGAGCCCUUGGCAGCCGCCACUGUGCUCCUCUGCACCACCGUGCUCUGGUGUUCCUGCUCAGCAGCAGCACAAGAGGUCUCCAAUGUUUCAACAAGCUCCACGCUCACAACUGAGUACGAAGCACCAUGUCUUAACGUGAACAUCUGCACACAAGCAGCCAUGUGCUGCACGACGGGCAUGGACGAUUAUGGAUGGAUUGCAGCGGCUGUUGGCUGGAGCCUCUGGUUUCUGACUCUCAUCCUGCUCUGUGUGGACAAGGCCAUGAAACUCCAGCCUGACGAACCCAAAUAUUUGGUGGCCUGA